UUUAGUAUUAGUUACUAAGGAUUCAAUGAAUUUCUGUAACUAAAUGCAGUUUGUUAAAGUUACCAGUCUUUUCUCUCAGUGUAGCACAGGAUAAGAAGGCCACAUAUGUGUCCUGGUUAGUAGGUCUAGGGUCUCCUUGCGAGAGGUUUCCAUAGCCUUCCUGCCGGCCCUUAAGGGUCCGCAGGAGGAUAGUAGCAGGUUCUCGUGGAAAGCCGCGAAAUAGGCAAAUGCGUUCGAUUAAUAUUUACUUUGACUAAACUUAAAUUUUGUCCAAAAUACAAGGAUAAUCACCUUGUAUUUAUGAUAUUUGUAAUCAUAUUUGUAAUCAUAAAUAGAGUUUGUUAACAGGAUCUGCGCGCUUUCUGUCGCCAAUCUGCUGUCAGAUUCUGUCGGCAGGCUCUGUCUACAGAAUAAUAGCAAAUUACAGAUACAGGAUUAUGGACCUGUCGACAGAUCCUGCUCGAUUUGUCGCCAAUCUGUCGUCAGACUGCGCUGACAGAUUGUUUACUGGGACAAUUGUGGUCACAAGUUUCACAGCACGGUAACGUUAUGCGUAAGCGCGUGAAAGUAAGGUGGAUUGAAGAAUGAGAUAGUGGACAUAUUUUUACCUUCUCUAUCUCUCGCUCGAUUUUGACAAAACCACUCUUACGGCCAGUCUCUGAUUCAAGGGUCUCUAACUUCCCCAGGGAAAUAUGUCGCGAUGCUUGGGCUCGACGACAACAAAUGAGUCGCGCGCCGGUCCCGUCGUCGAAACAACCGCCGCCGCGGGUAGGCUGGAGACGGACGGAGGGAUUCGAAGAGGGAAGCGUGAGCCGAUACCCAGCGUGAUCAAGGUCUUCGUUGACGGUUCGGAGCCUCAAGGGCGUCCGUAUCAAAGGCGGGAGGCAGGCGCGGCGGUAAGAUUGUCCCGACGAGCGGGGGAGGGCGCGGGGCGCGUGUCUUCUCUGUUCUCCGCGGGGAAGACGAGGAUGAGCGAUGUCGACGAACCGAGGGUUGCGGAGAUGGCGGGCUCUCGGGGUGAUCCGUCGGCGAUUGAUCUCGUUGGCGUCGCAACGGCGAGACCGGAAGUCGCGAGCACACUCGGCGAGCCGGGCGACGAUCCGCGCCAGCAACAGAUGGUUCCGUCCUCAGGCGCGCGAAACGGCCGGGGGAAUGAAUCGAAUGGAAAUUCGGCUAUCGGCGAAGCCGAUAUUCCCGCUGGGUCAAGCGGAAAUGAGACUAUGAAUGCAGAGGCAGGGCUUGGAACUAGCGCGGAGCUCGGCGGUAAUUUACGGCGGAGAUUAUUAUGGAUUUCCGCGACCUCCUCCGCGGACGGCGAUCAGGAGCGAGGUAAAUCGGACGAUUCCUCGGCUGUCGUCGGAGCGUUCUUCUCCGUUUCUCCGCGUGCUAGAAUCGAGCGCGAAGAUUUGAAGCCCCGCGUCUCCGACGGCUAUGCUCGUCGUAAACGAUCGACGUAUUCCCUUGGCAUCCUCGAGCCCGACAACGAGGUGGACGCCGAAAGCGUGGUGGCCGAGAAGGCAGCGAUGAGUUCCGAUGACAAGCAAGGGGAUAACGAAGAAUAUUCGAAUCAGAACGCGGAAGAAUCCGCGGCCGACUAUAAUGACAGGGAAGAGGGUGUAAUCGAGGAGAACGAAAGAGAGGCGCGAGCGUCGACAGACCGGCGGAGGAUCAAUCCUGUGAAGGCCAAAGUCGACUUGUUGAUCAAGCAGAAGCUCGGCAAGAAGAGCAAAUACGAUAGGCGGGAGAAGCGCGACACUUUGGACACGAUCGAAUAUUACGAUUACGACGGCGAUGAAGAGCGAGAGGCGCACGACACUUUGGUGAACGAGCGAGGGGUUAAGAACAGGGACGCGGAACUUUUGGUGGACGAUAAGGCGACGAUAAAGCGCGACGGCAAAGCGCAGAUUUGUCGACCGGGCGAAUUAGGGAAGAAGAAGAACGAGAACGAGGAGGCAGUGAUGAAGGAGGAGCGCGAGAAGUCGCGAUUGAAGAACAAAGAGCCAAAGGAGGAGUUCGUCGUCGGCCUCGGUGAGCCUAAGAAUAAGACCGCAGCAACUCGUCGGGACGACGGCAAGUCGUCCGCAGGUUCGUCAGAAUCAAGCCUCGAGGACGCGUUCAACGGGCGAGAACGGUCGGAUGAGGAAAACGCGGAGAAAACCCGUGAAAGCGAAGGUGUCGCGAAUGAGAUUCGCAGCGAGGAAGCGGCGAGUGCGAAAUCGAAAUGGUCAGACGAACCGUUUGAGGAAAGGAUGACGCCGUGGAAAGAUUCAGAAGCGUCGUCAAGAGAUGGCUAUAGAGAGAAGAUCACUUGGAAUGAUGUCCCAUCGCAACAUUCGUCCAACGCGCGCGUAGAUGUAAAUCCCGAUAUUAUUGAGAAUAUUUUAUUGGGCAUACAGCCCAUCAGAAUUUUUGAGCAGGACGGACUGUCGAAAACUUCUGAAGACUUUGAAGACGAUCGGUACGAGAUUGCUUACUUAUCUUUUAAAUAUUAAACUUUGCGAUAUUUUUAAACGUGUCGUAUAUAAGG